AUGGAGCCAGCUCAUCAGAUCACGAGUUCGUCGAAGGUUCUUUUCAGCCAAGUCCGGAAGAUUGUCCCGCCAAUGCUGGAGAGAUUCCACAAGGGUCAACUCGGUCGUGUAGCGGUUAUUGGAGGAUGUGCUGACUAUACCGGUGCUCCAUACUUCUCGGCGAUGGCAUCUGCGAAACUAGGAUGUGACAUGAGUCAUGUUCUCUGCGAUCGCUCAGCCGCACAGGUUAUCAAAGGCUACUCGCCCAACUUAAUGGUGCACCCAUUGCUUCCUAGCGUGGACACUGUUAAAGACCCCAAAUCGAUCGACGCGCCAGCCCUUGCAAGCCCCAUAAUCAGCAUGCUUUCUCGUCUGCAUGUGCUCGUUAUUGGUCCUGGAUUAGGUCGUGACCCUGUUACCCUUGAUGUGGUCGCAGAAGUGAUCAAAGAAGCGCGCUCACGAUCCAUUCCCUUCGUUCUUGAUGCAGACGGACUUCUGAUUAUUACAGAGAAGCCUAGCCUCAUAAAGGGGUAUAAAGAAUGCAUCUUAACGCCGAAUGUGGUUGAGUUUGGUCGGCUAGCCAAGGCGCUGGGGGUUAAUGCCUCAAGCCAAGCCGAUAUUUCGAAGGAAAAUGGCGAUGAUAAGACCAGCAAAGCGUCUGAUGCAUGUGAGCAGUUAUCAAAUGCGCUGGGUGGCGUGACUAUCCUGCAGAAGGGACCCAAGGAUAUCAUUUCAAAUGGAGUCACUAGUAUAUUUAAUGAUAUUCAAGGUGGACUGAAGCGAAGCGGAGGCCAGGGUGAUACUCUGACGGGUUCCCUUGGCACUUUCCUUGCCUGGAGAGCUGCUUACCAUGACCGCUUAUGGGAAUCCCGAGAGCGAGAUAGUCAGGUUGAGGCUCGGACUGGGGUUGAGGUGCAAGCUGAGUUGGACUCGGGUGAUAAGCGUUUAUCGAAGAGCACAACCUUGCUUUUAGCUGCGUGGGCGGGUAGUAGUAUCACCAGGGAAUCCUCGCGGCGGGCUUUCGAGAUAAAGGGACGGAGUAUGCAGGCCAGUGACUUGACUGAUGAAGUGCAUGGAAGCUUUCUAAGGUUGAUUGGCGAACCCGAGGGGUCUCAAGUCCACCUCUAG